CCCGCGGUCGAGUGUAGUGUGUGCUGGAUGAAAAGGUCGCCAUACACACACACACACACACACACACAAGCACACACGGAGUGAAGAUGGCGAUGAGAGCGGUGCUGCGGUGCCUCUCUGCAAACUUUUCCCCCGGACUGCCUCAGCUGUCGCCGGCAGCGCUGCUCGCGGCGACUCGGCCGCCGUGGAGGAGCUGCUCUCCGCGGACACUGAGCACUACCUCGGCCCUGUCCACAGCCCUGAAGUUCACAGAGAAGCACGAGUGGGUGCGAGUGGAAGGUGGGAUUGGCACAGUUGGUAUCAGCAGUUACGCUCAGGAAGCAUUAGGCGAUGUGGUUUACUGUGGACUCCCUGAAGUCGGCCAAAGUCUGGAUCAGAUGGAGGAGUUUGGUGCCUUGGAAAGCGUAAAGGCUGCCAGUGAGCUUUACUCGCCACUGACAGGGGAAGUGACUGAGAUCAACACAGAGCUGGCAGAGAAUCCUGGGCUUGUGAAUAAAGCCUGCUACGCAGAGGGGUGGCUCAUCAAGAUGACGAUUGGAAAACCCGAAGAACUGGACGGCCUCAUGGAUCAACCUGCUUACGAUAAAUUUCUUAAGUCUCUUGAUGAAUAAAUCUGGGAACUCUCUGAGUUGUUUUGUAAUGUAACUGCAAUCAAAGACUAGUGGGCAGACUACUAACAACUUGUGUGGCGCUCUUUCUUAUCUGUGGUAUUUAUUUUGAUACUGGAAUUUUGCUAUCAAAAUAAUUUUAAAUCCUCAGUAACAUCUUCCACUUAGACGGUUAGGAUUUGUUUUGCUACUAGCCAACCUAAAGGGCUCAUAAUGUCAAGAUCUGUCAAUAUUACGGGGUCUUUUUCUGGUGCUUUGCUCCUCUUUUAAAUGUGGUAAAGGACUGGAAAGUGAUUGUAAGUGCUGUGUUGCAUUCAUUUUAAUAAAAAUUGGUCCAUACAUUUGAA